GCUGCACGCAGCUGUGCAGAGGAGUAUGGGUGGAUCCGUUACUUGGUGGGGUUUAUCGUGAGUAUAAAUAAACUCUCCUUGUCCCUACAAAGUCCCUGGAAACUUAGUGAGACUAACUUUACCUCUCAAAGGCCAAACGACAGACCCCACCAUGAGUCUAGUUUCAGCCUUCCUGCAGCAGACCAUUUACAUGGGCAUGCCUGAUGACUCAAUCAGUAAGAACGAGGGUACGGUGACCGCAGCACCCAACUUCAGCCCAGAUGGAGAUGCAGCAGUCUUGGAUAAGGCCAUCAAGACGAAAGGAGUGGAUGAGAACACCAUCAUUGAAAUUCUGGUGAAGAGAAGCAACGAGCAGAGGCAGCAAAUCAAAGAGGCUUACCUGAGGGCCAGCGGCAAGCCUCUGGAUUCAGCUCUUAAAAGUGCUCUGAAGGGCGAUCUUGAGGAUGUGGUGCUGGCUCUGCUUAAAACACCAGCACAGUAUGAUGCCCAGCUGCUGAAAGGAGCUAUGAAGGGCAUUGGAACAGAUGAGGAUACCCUGAUAGAGAUUAUGGCUUCCAGGACCAACAGAGAGAUCCUGGAUAUAAAGAAAGCCUACAAAGAAGAAUACAAGAAGGAUCUAGAGGACGACAUCAAAGGUGACACAAGCGGAGAUUUCAGGACUGCCCUCUUUGAACUGUGCAAGGCUGGCAGGACUGAAGGAGUCUGUGAGCAGCUGAUCGACAGCGAUGCCAGGGCGCUGUACGAGGCCGGAGAGGGGAGAAAGGGCAAAGACGCCUCUGUCUUCAUUGACAUCCUCAUCUCCAGGAGCGGCCCUCAUCUCCGCAAAGUGUUUGAGAGGUACUCAAAGUACAGCAAAGUGGAUGUUGCCAAAGCCAUCAACCUGGAGAUGAAGGGAGAUAUAGAAAGUUGUCUCACUGCAGUAGUGAAGUGUGCUGGAAGCAAGCCAGCAUUCUUUGCUGAGAAGCUCCACUUGGCCAUGAAGGAUAAAAGUCCCAAGAAAAAUCUUCUGACUCGCAUCAUGGUGAGCCGCUCUGAAAUCGACAUGAAACGGAUCAAGGACGACUACAAGAAAAACUAUGGCAAAACCCUCUACCAGGAGAUUCUUGAUGACACCAAAGGAGACUACGAGAAGAUCCUGCUUGCUCUUUGUGGGGAAAACUAAGAGCUGAUCAGUGAGAUUGAGGCUCAUCCGACUGAGGAUCCAACAGCCAGUCCAGCGGUGGAAAAGCAAUUUAAUCUCUUGACACAUAUUGUGCCCUGUGAGGACAACAGACAAAACAAGUCUCUCUCUGUGACUGUUAUGACAUUUAGUUGAUAUUUACAGCAUUUAGCAAAGAUUAUCAUGGAAUCACCGCUUCAGCAGCCCUCAGCAGCAGUGGACCAAUAUUGUCUGCAGCAGACUUAGCCUUACACACAUUUGUCCUUCGAGCAGAAGAUGAAGUCACAGUGCAGCUGCUAAGAGAUCUAUGCAGAUCACAAUUCGCCAACGUUAUUGCCGUAGCAGCAAUAGGCCUGAACCCUUGAAGGAGCAUGGAAAACCUGCAAUAAAAAGCUUUUUUAAAAACUUGUAAUUGAGAGAUGCUGUUUCUUUGCUUUUGCACAUAUCAGAUGGACAUGUAUUUGCCAUUAUACCCAAAAGAAGUUUACAAAAAAUGAAACGACAGCAGCAGUUCCAAUGUGCAAUCACUAAAUAUGAAUAAACAUGAAAAAAUAAUGGAUGACAUGUAACAAGCUAAAUUUACUACUAAGUUUUCUCCUACAGUCCUAUAAAGAUUCCUUGAGGAAUGACUGAUUUGCAUCGGUUCUGGCGCCCCCCUGUGGUCGAAGUUUGCUGGUCUUUCCUGUGCAAGUUGAAGUAGUGUUUACUGAUGAAAAAUGUCCAUGAUUUUAACAGUUAAAUGCGUCAUUCAAUAUAAAUUUUUGCUUUGAAAAAUGUAAACAGCUGUUCUGGACCAUGCGGUCAAUCUAACAUUUUACUCUGUGACAUUGUUUCCAAGUAUUAAAAAUAAUAAAGGACUAAAAAAUUG